AUGGCGGAUCCGCCAAAGUAUUUAGUAGAUGCGCAACCAAAUUAUGUUAGAUCAUCGGCUGAGAUUCCGCCAUCAGCUACUGGCAAUUCCGCCACGACUGCUGGCCAACAGCCGGCGACCACCAGAUGGUUCUCCAAUGAUGUGCAGGCCGGUGCGAGUGUUUGAGU